AAAGAAGAACAAGGGCAACGACUAGAAGAAGAAGAAGAAGAAGAAGCACACGAAGUGGUUGUAGCCGACAACUGGAAUACUGACCAGGUCCUUCUGGUCAGCGGUGGCUGCUUUUAUUUAAAACAUCUGCGUACUAAAAAACGCUUAUUACCUCACUUUAAAAAAAUGGCCGCAAGGAACCCAGGAACGAAGCUUGACCUGGAAUGGGUAUCAAAAGUGAGAGUGAACACACAGGCUGUCCUGAAGAGAGCUCAGCACAUCCAAGGACAAAAGAUCCCCAAGAAACAGUGGCAGGCAGCCUGGCUGCUGAAGGCUGUCACAUGUAUUGACCUGACAACACUGGCUGGAGACGAUACUCCGUCCAACAUUCAUAGGCUAUGUCUGAAAGCCAUCCAGCCUAUCCGGUACGACCUGCUUAAGAAGAUGGAUAUGCACAACAAAGGAGUGACUACAGCAGCAGUGUGUGUGUAUCCAUCUUGUGUGGGCGAGGCCAUCAUUACACUAAAAGCAGCCAACUCCAGCCUGCCUGUUGCCUCAGUUGCCACUGGGUUUCCAGCAGGUCAGACACCACUGGAGACCCGUCUGCAGGAAGUCCGCAUGGCAGUGGCUCAUGGUGCCUCUGAGAUCGACAUUGUCAUUAACCGAAAGCUUGCCCUCGCAGGACAGUGGGAAGCCAUGUAUGAUGAGAUCCAUCAGUUUCGAGAGGCCUGUGGUGAUGCCCACAUGAAGACAAUCCUAGCAAUUGGAGAGCUGGGUACCUUUACCAACAUCUAUAAAGCCAGCCUGGUGGCCAUGAUGGCUGGUUCAGACUUCAUCAAGACUUCCACAGGAAAGGAGGUUGUCAACGCUACUUAUCCUGUUGCCAUAGUGAUGGUGAGGGCCAUCCGUGACUACUACUUGUGUACUGGUCAAAAGGUGGGCUUUAAGCCAGCUGGAGGGAUCCGGACGGCUCAGGAAUCUCUGCUGUGGUUCACUCUGAUCAAAGAGGAGCUGGGUAACGAGUGGCUCUGCCCUCACCUGUUCCGCCUGGGAGCCAGCAGCUUGUUGGCAGACAUCGAGAGGCAGAUCUACCAUCAUGUUACUGGACAAUAUCCUGCCUAUCAUGAGCUGCCUAUGGCCUGAAGCUAUAGACAUCCAGUUUUAAUGACCAGUCAGAAUUUCAGACUCAGUACACAAGGAGCACACCAACUCAUCUAUUUUAUCAACAAAACUUGCAUUCAGUGCUUUAAUGUAAGACUGGGACCAAUACACUAACUUGCCCAUACAUACCUUACUGAAUGUCAUUUAGUGAAGCCAGAAAAAACAGUGACUUAGUUAGGAAUAAAAUAUUUGUCAAUUUGGUGUUGUCCUUUUGUAUCCUGAAAUUCUUAGAUUUCAACCCUGAUCUUUGCUGAUCUUAAAAAAAAAGAUAUGAGAAGUAUGUGACCCACCUCUACCAACCCAACUCUGCCCAGUCAUACAGUAACACUGAGUUAUAUUGCAUUGUUUUGUAUCACUCAUAUAUGAACAUCAUACCCCAACUGAAUGUGGAUACACUUUUUUGCUUUUCUUUUUUUACUGAAAGUUUAAGGUUAAGAAAACAUGGUGAUCUAGGUUACAUUUAAAAGGGAAAAAUGUUGCCCCUGAACAUAAACCAUGCUUUAGUUGUGUUUCCUCCUAACUAUCUGAGUAAAUUCUUAUUAUAUGAGAAGAUUCGCAGGAGAUAUGGAGGGUAUCAUCAGUGAUAUUAAUAAACCGGUCAAAUGAUCAGUGUUUUUUAUGUUAUUGGGAAUUAUUCUUAUGCUCUAGGAGAACUGUUAUUUUCAUCUCCCAGCAUUUGUCCCUGACACAACAAAAUUGUCCUAUUUACCUUACUGUUCUCUUACAUGAUUUACCUGGUGACUCAAAUUCCAGCUUUCAUUUCCACUGUCUUUGUAAUGGUUCAACCAUCUGUUAUUCAGACAUAUUUAAAAAAAACAUAAACUAAUAGUGUGAUGAAUAAAGUAUGUCAAAUUGA